UUUAUCUACUUCUUAUAUAAUUCCAAUGUGUCAUACAUUUCAAGUUCAAUCAAUUUCCAUUUCCAACUUCGUUGAAAAAAUCCCAAAAGCAGCUAGCAAAAGGAAAUGAAGAUCUUCAGUUGGGUGCACCGCAAAUAUAAUCAGAAAGAUGGAUUGCUUGAUCGGAAUGUGAAGAAAAAUGAACUGACAAUUAGCAAUGAGAUUAUUGGCGACACACAACUUCUUCUUCAAGAUGCCUCAAUGGAGCAUAUGUUGGACGGAUGGAAAGGAGGAAUCCUCACAAUUGGAACAUUCGGAUUCGGUCCACUAAAAGAUCAACGUGACCAGCUAGACAUUGAAGUUAAUGAAGAUGAAGAAUGUGAAAUAACAGUUAGUGAUGAUGAGAAAGAUGAACAACUUAUUAUAAACCCAUUGAUGUAUGCAAAUGGACAUGAACAGAGUCAUCAUGAGGCACUAAAGGCAAACAAAUCGGAGGAAGAGGGAAGAAAGAAGCAUCAAAUUAAGAAGGAAAGGAUCACACUGGCAGAUUUAUUCUCAGCUGAUUUUGAUAAGGAGAAUAUUCCUCGGGCAAAUAAUAUUAAUCCAGGUGACAAGCUUCAGCCAGAUUUAUUCAUGACUACGAAUAAAGCUUCGAAUUCUCAAGUGAAGAAUGGACUUUCUUUCGCUAAGAAACUUAUGCCUCAAGUCCGGGAGGAUUCUUAUCCCAUCCUGAAACUACAACAAUUGAUGACAAGGGUGCUGAAAAGGAAGGUUCAUCCAGAUAUGGAAAGCAAGAAUCAUAAGACCAGUCGAGUGAUAGCAGCUGCUACUAUGCUGGAAUAUAUUUCCCUUCUGAAAAUUCAAGAAACUAUUGCCUAAUUAAGCUGCUUUGACGCAGUGCAAUCGAUUGUACUUGCUUUGAAAUGAGAAGCAAUAAUUAUCGUUAUGUUUGGUAAGGGAGUAGUACUCUUUUUUUCAAUUGGACAUAGAGAUGUUCCAUUGGUGAAAGUCAUAUAUUGCGAACAGCUAGACCCUGUGAAUUCUACGAUCGAUGUUAGGUGACUAGCUUUUGGUCUUCGU